CAGACUGUUUUAAUUCUGAAAUUCAACAAUAUACUUCUACAAAAGCUGAAUACUGCCAAAGUAUUGGAAUUGCUAAAAAAGGAGUUCAAACUGCUCUCGAUACUGGUACAAUAGAUAAAUUUAUUGUAACAAAUCCUCACAUUAUUUCACAUCAUGACCGACCAAAGAAACAAUUACAAGACUCUUUAAAUGAUAUUAACCAAUCAAGUUCUCAAAAAACUAACAAAAAAAUACUUCAUGAAUCAGAUAUUACAAAUAAAUCUUUACGAAAAUGUUCUUAUUGUAAUAGUAUUAGAUAUUAUGCUAAAAC